AUGGUGUCCCCCAGCGGAACACCUCCAGAUGAGGAUAUAGUCCAGAUAAAUGCCACUAUGAACGAUAAUGACGACGUCAAUGAGAACGCUAUGAACAUUCAAAAAGAAGAUAUUCCCACCUCUUACCCCCCAGCAACCAAGCUUGCUAAAUCCUCGUCUCGCCCGCCUAAACCAAAGAAUAUUUCCAACCCUCUACAAACUGGAAUACUCACCUAUCUCAAGAACCACCGGCACCAACUCAAUAUACAUACAUCUCCUAAUCUCGUUUCACUAUCAAUCCCCCUGCCAAAGAGAUUCACAAUUUACCCACCUCUCCUUUUACUACCAUCAAACACAUUCUCCUCGCCACCCGAGUGGGCGGCGCUCUACAGUACUCUAUCCAACAUACAGCGCCAGGAACUUUAUGCAUGCAUAGCUGCAUCCUUUGCAUCCAAGGGCAUCACGCACAUCGCGAUGAACGCGCCCAUAGCUCCGACUAUGACUACGACAGCCACUCCUAGCGUUGAGAAUCGUAUUCGGAGCCCGUCAGGGUUGGUGCCUUUGUAUGGGGAUUUUGGGGCGGAGAGUAAUGAUGGUGAUGAGGAUGUAUGGGGAGAAUGCGAAGACGCUGAAGAAAAAGAAGCUUAUCCAACAGAGGCGGCGUUGCAGUCUGCGUUGUGGGUUCGUGCGGUGCAGAAUCGUGGCAUCGUGCAGAUUUGGGCGCCGUUGCAUUCCAUGUUUAGUCGGGGGAAUGUUGUGGAGAAGGCGAGGAUUUUGGGGAUUGAGUCCCAGUUUGCAGGGCUUGAUGAUGAUGAUGAUGAUGGACAGGGGGAGGUGGAGGGGAAGAGACUACUGGGUCAGCGAGUGGGGGAUAUUGCGGUUGUUGAUAUGUAUGCUGGCAUUGGCUACUUUGUGUUUUCGUACCUGAAGCGAGGGGUCGGGAGGGUAUGGGGCUGGGAGAUUAAUGGGUGGUCGAUUGAAGGGUUAUGUAGGGGAUGUAAAGAUAAUGGAUGGGGGGUGAAGGUGGUCAAGGUCGAUAAGCAAACGGGCGAGAUAGAAGGGGGAAUUGACGGGUUAGUUAGGGAGUUGAGAGAGGAAGAUCGUAUGGUAGUUUUCCAUGGCGAUAACAAGUUUGCAGCGGAUGUGUUGAGGGCGCUGAAAGAGGCACUGCAGCAGAGGAAGAUGUGGAAGCGCAUCCGGCAUGUUAACCUUGGGCUAUUACCAACUUCUAAGCCGGCAUGGGAUGGGGCUGUGAGGGUUCUGGAUAUGGAGGCGGGAGGUUGGAUACAUGUUCACGAAAAUGUGGAUGUGAAGGAUAUCAGGAUGAUGGAAGAGGAUAUUGUUAUAGAGAUUAAUUCUCUACUCCGAUCAUCUCGAGGUAGCGGACAGCUAUCAUCGUUCUCUCAUUCUUCUAUUCCAGCAGCGAAGUGUAUCCAUGUGGAAAGAGUUAAAACAUAUGCCCCAGGCGUGAUGCAUUGCGUUUUUGACGUUUAUAUACCACCUUCCCCUGGCUGGUUGGAAUCGGGCAAUAGAUUAACCUGA